AGCAUUUUUAAUGUGUUUAGUUGAUAACCGCGGGCCGCGCGCGACGCUCGUGCCUACGCGCAUCCCGCCGACCAACCUCGCGAGAGCUGCGCCUCUUAUCACAUACCAGUUUUAUACGUGUUUUAACUGUGAUUCCCCAAAAAGUGGUUCCCCUGGCUGACUGUUACCAAGUGCAACAAGAGCACAUUCGACCCAUUCCGAGCGACCAACUGACACAAACCUGCGGGCCGAAGCCGGUCCAUAAAUCACUAGAAAUAGUGCUUACAAUUGACUCAAGGUUCACAACAUCUGGUCCAUACCGCAGUGCACCAUUCUCGGCCAGUCAUACAAUAUCAACGACUAUAUAGGGCCGCUAACUGAGUCAAGAUGGCAACUGGGUGGGGCAAGAGGUCAAGAGGCCAGCAACAUCGCCAUACAAGUCACUCCACCCGAUGGAGAAGAAGAUGACGAGUUUGUGCCGACGCUGCGUAUGCGUCGCAAGCUCAGCACGCCGCUCAGCGCGAUGCCCGGAGUAACUGAUGGACUGAUUAGCUUACCAAAUCUACGCGCUUCGCCAACGCGGGCACUGUCGCCGUUGGACCGGACGAAGCGUCGCUUCAGCACAAUGGUGUCUAGCGCGGCCGCCGCAGCAGUGUCCAGGCGGCUCUCGGCAACUAUUGGCUGGUGUCUCGCCAGCCCCACGCAAGUUAAGCCGCAAAUAGUCCGCCAAGGACGCGCCCUAUGCUUGCAAUACAUAAAGACUCAGAUUAGGAGAUCAACUUUAUGUGCGAAAAAGCAAAUAGUAAUGAAACGUUUACAACGAAUGGUGGAGACAGAGUGUGGGGAGGAGGCUGUGAGCAACUCGGAGUCGGGGGUACUGGCGGGGCUCCGGGCGUUGUGCGCUGCGCUGGAGAGGAAGCGACCGGACGCCUUCCGUCACGUGGCGCGGCAGGCCACGCGCGCCCCUUCGGCCAUGCUCCGCUCAGACACAGCACUCGCGGAGCUAGCACUAGCUCUAGCGAGACGCAUCACUAGAGAAAAUAUUACCUGGUCCAAGAUAGCAGCUGUAUACUGUGUUUGUGGUGCCCUGGCGAGAGAAGCGGCAGAAGCUGCAGACGGAGAACCAGCUCUGGAAUUGGUGUCAGCGCCCGCCGCGGCCAUCGCCGACUUGUUGCACGAAGAUCCUGGCUCCUGGAUUGCGUCACACGGUGGAUGGAAUGGUUUAGUGGAGCGACUUCGAGCCAGCGAAAGAGACCAGCGAUCUGAAAAGAAUCUUCGAGUGAUGGUGUCUUUCUUCGUGUUCGUGUGUCUGACCUUAUUGCUGUUUCGAUGGGUCCUUCACGCACAUCCCGCGUACAACGAGUAGACCUCCUUUUAAUUAGCUAUAGUCUAUAGUUACGUUUAGAAAAAAGUUGUGACACAACGUUGGCAGGUGAUUAGUUUUAGUCUAGGUGAAAUGAAUAGGCGAGAGGCUAGAGGUGCAUCAUAUUUUUAUUUAUUUAUUCGGUCCCUUCGUCAAACAGGAUCUAUGCUAUUUUCCGAUUCGAUCUAGACCGAUAUAUUCCCAAUUAUUUGUACCGCCCUUUACCCAGCCUGUUGGAUAGUAUUUUAUGCAAAAUAAUUAUAGAUAGGUAAUAACAGCGAAUAUAUUUUUAUUCAAGCUAGAGGUGCUGUUGUUUUAUAAGCGAUCAAAAUAUUUUUUAUCCGUCUUAUGUUUGUUAAAAAAUAGCAUACUUCUUUAUAUAGCUGUGAUACAACAGAAAGCUUACCUUAAUACCUAACUUAAUGUAAAUGGCAAUAGCAAUAGGCUAACACGUCGACCUGGCAAUUGCCAAGUCGUGAGUUCGAUGGCCGCCCUGGGCCGCCCAUAGAACCCCCUCCUGAUAACAGCAUAAUUAUUUAGCUUUCAAACCUACAUAUAUUAUACCAUUUUACGUAAAACCUAGGUAUAUAGUCAUUCCUGUAAAAUAUAGAAAGAGGUUAAUAUGUACCUACAUAAUUACCUAUUUUCAGAACAAUUUGGGUAGGUAUGUACUUAAGGUAAACGAUUUUGUAAAUCUAUCUGCUGGUAGAUAGAUAAGUAUUACCUAAAUGCAUGUACACUUUCUCUUAAAUACAUAAUAAUAUCUUCUGUUACACUUAGGUAUUUAAUUGUAUCAUCUACCUAAGUUGAUCAACAACUUAUGAACGUCUAUAUGUGCCACAAAUGAACAUAAGAUGUUAUGUAAAGCUCCAAAGAUGUUAACUCUUAAAUUGUAAGACAUGUCGUAGCCAUAUUAUCUAAAUUAUUUAUUACCAAACUUUAUCCACAGCAGAAUAAUCUUAUUAAGUAAUUUGUAAGUAGCCUGAAAAAAAAAUAUAAGUAAUAUUUUUGAUGUUUC